AUGUCACUGAUAAAACAACAAAAAAAAAUCUAUAAUUCAACCCUGGUCUCUAAACUCCUGACUACCUGGGAGUGUAAUUCAGGGGAGGAAUCUGAGGAAAAGGAUGGAAAGGCUGAGAAAGAAGCCGACCCAGAGCCACACUCCUCAGUUCUAAGCCACAGGCCCCUGCUCAGGACCUGGCAGCAUCAACCCAAUAAGAUCACAGAGGAAGAGGAGGAGGACAACGCUUCAGGGGAAGCUGAGGGUCUGUCAGCCAUCCCCACCACAAGUGCUUUCAUGAAGGCCUGGGUGUGUUGGCCAGGAGAGGACACAGAGGAGGAAGAUGAGGACAGUGAUUCAGGAGUAUCUGAGGAGGAGGGAGAAGCUGAGGGUCCCUCUCCCAUUCCCCCCACAAAUACCUUCUUGAGGGCCUGGGUGUACCAACCAGGAGAGGACACAGAGGAGGAAGAGGAAGAUAGUGAUUCAGGAGCAGCUGAGGAGGAGGGAGAAGCUGAGGGUCCCUCUUCCAUUCCCCCCACAAGUACCUUCUUGAGGGCCUGGGUGUACCGGCCAGAAGAAGAUACAGAGGAGGAAGAUGAGAAUGAGGAUGAGAAAGAUGAUUCAGAGACAGCUGGCUCAGACCCAAGUUCUUCCCUUCAGGCCCAGAGUGCCCUCCUCAGGGACUGGACAUACCCACCUGGAGAGGAGACAGAGGGAGUGGAAGCUGCUGAGGAAUGGGGAGAAGCUGAGCCCUUCCGAGUGGCCAUCUAUCUACCAGGAGAGAAGCCACCACCUCCCUGGCCUCUUCCUCGGCUGCCCCUCCGACUGCAAAGGCAGCUCAAGUCUGCAGGAACCCCCACCCGGCAUCCGGACCCCGAGACUCCCCAAAAGGCCAGAAAGGCGCACUUCUCUGAGAAGGUCUCCAUCCGUUUCCUGAUUGUCUGGGCUGGACCAGCCCAGGCUGCCCGAAGGGGCCCCUGGGAGCAGUUUGCCCGGGAUCGAAGCCCCUUUGCCCGCCGAAUUGCCCAGGCUGAGAAGUUUUCACCCUGA